GUGGGGGGGUAGCUGACGCUACGGAACUAGGCUAGUUAGUUAUCAGUACAGCCGUACACAACAUUAAAUACAUGGGUUUGAGGGCGUUAUACCCGCUUGAAUCAAUAAAGAGCAGAUUAAAUGGGAUUGUUAACCAUCUAACGUUACACUAACUAGUUUGUGCUGGCAAGCUCCCCUUUUUGUUUAGUUAGCUACCUAGCUAGCUUGGCUAACGGGUAGACAGCUAGUUUAAAGUAAAAGCGUUUCUCGUAAAGCUUUUCAGGGGCCUAUUCAUCUUCAUGAUUGUCGUAACUCGUUAACUAUCAGAGGACAUUACCAGCUAUUUUGCAAGUUGCCAUCCAUCUGCAGAGUAGUAGCACCAUGAUUGACGUCCCCACCCGGAUCGUCAUGAGACGCCUCCACGAGUGCUCCAAAUGAUAUGAUAGUAGCUUCUUGGAUUGCAUUCUGUGCUAGCAGGAGCCUUGAACAGGUUCUACUGCUCUCUUUGGAGCAGCAAUUCACUACGGGUUUGGAAAGCCUCGGGACAACCAGAACCAUGGGAAACAGCUGUGUUUGUAGAGAAGACAGUGAUGUGGAUGAUGGAUCGGCAACUCGCGGGCAGCUCAGGCGAGUUGAUCACACCGCUGCUGAUCACCCGGAGGCACGAAGCAGUCGGCCCCGGGACCCAGUCAGACCGCCCCGCCGUGGACGGGGACCCCAUGAACCUCGCCGGAAGAAACAAAAUGUGGACGGGCUGGUGCUGGACACACUUGCUGUCAUCAGGACUCUAGUUGACAAUGACCAAGAGCCUCCCUACUCCAUGAUCACGCUGCAUGAGAUGGCAGAAACUGAUGACGGCUGGUUGGAGGUGGUCCAGUCUCUGAUUCGGGUGAUACCACUGGACGACCCAUUGGGACCAGCUGUGAUCACCCUGCUGCUUGACGAGUGCCCACUGCCCACAAAAGACGCUCUACAAAAGCUGUCCGGGAUGCUGAGCCUGAGUUCCACUGUGGCCCGCCAGGAUGCUGUCAUCCCUUCCAAGCACCGCAACACUACAGCUGUACUGGGCUGCCUGGCUGAGAAACUGGCUGGUCCAGCGAGCAUUGGACUCCUGAGCCCUGGAACCCUGGAGUACCUGCUGGAGAGCCUGAGUUCUGAGGCACAUCCUACUGUCAUGCUCUUUGCCCUCAUAGCCUUGGAGAAGUUCUCACAGACCAGUGAGAACAAGCUAACGGUGUCCGAGUCGUGUAUAGGUGACCGGCUGGGGGUUCUGGAAUCGUGGGCUGACCACACGGACUACCUGAAGCGCCAGGUCGGCUUCUGUUCACAAUGGAGCCUGGAUAACCUCUUCCUGAAAGAUGGUCGUCAGUUCACCUAUGAGAAGGUGAACCUGAGCAACAUCAAUGCCAUGCUGAACAGCAACGACGUCAGCGAGUAUCUUAAGAUCUCUCCUAGUGGACUCGAGGCACGCUGUGACGCGUCCUCCUUCGAGAGUGUCCGCUGUACCUUCUGUGUGGACUCAGGCGUGUGGUACUAUGAGGUCACUGUGGUCACCUCAGGGGUCAUGCAGAUUGGCUGGGCCACCAAGGAUAGCAAGUUCCUCAACCAUGAGGGCUAUGGGAUAGGAGAUGAUGAAUAUUCAUGUGCAUAUGAUGGCUGCAGGCAGCUAAUCUGGUACAAUGCUCGCAGUAAGCCACACUCCCACCCUUGCUGGAAAGAGGGAGAUGUCAUCGGUUUCCUACUGGACCUCGGUAAGAAGCAGAUGCUUUUCUUCCUGAAUGGACAUGAACUUCCCCCAGAGAAGCAGGUGUUCUCCUCAGCAACGUCUGGCUUCUUUGCAGCAGCAAGUUUCAUGUCCUACCAACAAUGUGAGUUUAACUUUGGAGCGAAGCCCUUCCGCCACCCCCCAUCUGUUAAAUUCAGCACCUUCAAUGACUUUGCCUUGCUGGCGUCUGAUGAGAAGAUUAUCCUUCCCAGACACCGGCGCCUGGCUCUGCUGAAGCAGGUGAGCAUCAGAGACAACUGCUGCACCCUCUGCUGUGACCAGAUGGCCGAUACGGAGCUGAGACCCUGCGGACACAGUGGGAUGUGUAUGGAGUGUGCCUUACAGUUGGAGACAUGCCCACUGUGUCGCCAGGACAUUCAGACACGUGUCAGACUCAUCUCACACGUGUCCUGACACUUCGCCUCCAAACCAGGACAUGAACACUCCUCCCCAACCAUCCCCUCCUCCAAUCCCAACCAAUAGGACAAUGGGGCUGAGCUAGGAUUUGUGAUCGGACCCUGGGCCUAAUUUGAGGAGUGAGUGGUGGGACCUGACGAAGACCCCCAGGAGAGAGACUGUAGGGAGAAUAGAACAAGGAGGGGGAACCUUUCCUUUAUCUGCACUCCAUGGAGCGUUUUCUCUGUGAGGAGAUGGGCCCCUCACCAGUCUGAGAGCAAGAAAGUGCUGAGAGAGUGAGAGGGCAGGAAGGCAAUUUUGAGAUAUUAGCAGGCAGCAGCAUUUCCAGAAUUGCCUCAUCAAUCUUAAUUCAUAAACUCCCACAGUAUCUGCACAUGGAUCUGCCUAAUGUUCCCUCAGGCUCUGGUCAAUGUGUCCUGUGUAUCUCUGCUCAAAUGUUUUAAAUGUAUCUGUGAUUCUCUUGUUUUCUGACUAAACGUAAAGGCACAACAACAAAAAGACUAUGUUAACUCCCUGCUCAAACAUACAAUACCAACUGAGCACAGAUUUGUCUAUUACUCUCCAUCUCUCGCUCUCUCCUUUACUUGAAGCAUUUCUGAGUUGAUUGAAUAAUCAUUCUGUUAUAAAUGAGAUUGCAAAAUUUACAGAACUCUGAUUCAAAAAGUAUCAUAUUUGUGUACGUACAAUUAAAACUAAAUUGAGUUGAUUGAAAUUAAGUUAUUGAAAUCACAGUUAACUGGGAUAGUUUUGAUUCCCAGGCUAGCCUGAAGUGGUUGUGGAAAAUCAUUCAGAAUCAGAGGAUGUUGUCAGAAGAUAUCACACCUCUGUUAGUAUGAAUGACUACAAAUUGGUCAAAUUUGGAGGGCCAAUUGUCUCCAUUCCAGAAAAUUAGUCAUGGAAGAAAUUAAGAAAAAGUGAAAUUGUAUCUUAAUGUCUUAAUGGAGUAGCCCCAGGGGUCCCAAAGAUGUGAUUUACUGAUUGAUCAUUGUUUUCUGAGUUGUGAUAUUUGUAAUAAUAAAUAUUCACGUAACUGUC